AUGGCGGGCGCUUUUCAAGUGACCCAGUCAGUAUCUACUGCGGUGGCGAAAGACGACCUCGUGAUACCUCUCAUCGAUUUCGGUACCUUUGUCUCUGGCACGCCGUCCGACAAACAUGCCAUUGCAUUAUCUAUCACCGACGCAUUCAAGACCUCCGGCUUCAUCUACCUAAAGGGCCAUGGCAUCCCACCCUCCGUGGUGACUCGGGUUUUCGCCUCAUCUGCUGGCUUCUUCCGUCGACCCCAGAGUCAAAAGGACAGUCUGGGCUGGUCCACCCCCCAGUCGAACCGUGGCUACGUCGCGAAAGGGCGCGAGAAGCUGGCUACUCUCGAAGAGACUGAGGAAGUGGAUACGUUGCGGGGAUCGGCCCCUGAUAUUAAAGAGACGAUGGAGAUUGGCCGAGAGGGAGUCGAUGGCCUGCCUAAUCAAUGGCCAGAUCAUCUCGAUGACGAAGGGAAGGACUUUAAGGAGACAAUGCUUGCCUUUUUUGGCAUGUGCAAAGAGCUGCAUAGGCAGGUCAUGAGUGCUAUUGCCCUGGGGAUGAACCUGCCUGAGCACUUCUUCGAUGAAUUUGUGAAUGAGGGGGACAAUAAUCUCCGCCUAUUGCACUACCCUCCCGUUCGGAAAGAUGUCUUCAAGCAGAACCGGAACCAAGUUCGUGCCGGUGAACACAGCGAUUACGGGUCCGUCACGCUGCUCUUCCAGGAUCAGCAUGGUGGUCUGCAGGUGCGCAGUCCCAAGGGGACUUUCGUGGAUGCGACGCCCAUCCCUGAUACCAUUGUCGUUAAUGCCGGUGAUCUCCUGGCCCGAUGGUCCAAUGAUACCAUCAAGAGCACCCGGCAUCGGGUCAUUGAGCCGCCGAAGCCAGAGGGACAGGACUCGACUGAUUCAUCGGAGACCUAUCCUGCCCGAUAUAGCAUUGCCUACUUUUGCAAUCCAAAUAAUAACAAAGUGAUUGAGGCGCUGCCAGGGACGUAUGGCGAAGAAAUCAACGUGACCAAGAAAUAUGCCGAUAUCACUGCAGGCGACUAUUUGGUCCAGCGACUGACAGCGACCUACUGA